AUGUCUCGAACACGUCAGCCGAUGUCAAAUGGGCUUCAAACAACGACUGAAUCCUCUCGGGACUCUUCAGUGGCCCGUGUUCCCGCAACCCUCAGAUUACGAGCGGAGGAUGCACCAGCCAACACUCGCGAAGAAACCUCCUCGAGUCGCCGCAUAAGAUGGAGCGAAGAUGUCGUGGACAAUGAAGGCAUGGGGAAGAAGAGCUCUAAAGUAUGCUGCAUCUACCACAAAGCCCGGCCGGUAGGAGAGAGCAGCUCAGAAUCUGAAUCAGAUUCUAGCUCCUCCGACUCAGAUAGUGACAGUAAUGAUGACAGGGCUAAACGAGCAAAUCACGCUCGCCACUCUCAUGCGCGCGGACGGAACCCUCAUGAUGAACACCACGCAGCUAACCCAAACGUGGAUGAGUGUUGUUCAGAUCAUAGAGCACCAGAGUCGAAGCGCAGAAAGCCAAGUCCAAAUGCCUAUGAGAAAAUGCCUAAGCCAUCCAAGGCCCAUUCGAGGGGCACUUGA